CCAAGUACAAGGCUCACUGCCAACUGUGGCGGACGCACAUACACCAACAGGCUGGUGGCGAAUCGGAAAACUAGCGCGUCGCAAUCAGUAUCAGUGCAACAUCGACUGAGAACGCAAGCAAGCAGUGAAUCGGCUAACGCUCGACAGAUUAAUGACAUCUGAUGUGCGCAACGCACAGACUAAGGCGCGUAUCGUAUUGCAUUAAAUGGAAUCGAACUAUUUGGAACCGAACUGAGCGAGUGUGUUGCCCUCGCCACGGCGCCCGUUAAGUGUUGUGAGUGGUGAACGCCGUGAACCACGCGCCGCGUGUCAAAAACCAAUUGCAUUGCGGAAACGCAGCGACCGUCGCGCCGUGUGAUAGUGACAGCGGCAGUGACAGUGGCAGUGAAUGUGACAGUGUGACAGUGUGACUGACAAAGCAGGUGAAUGCCUGGUGCAAAGUGGCGUAGGUUCGUAGGAAGACGCGCUCAUUGAACCUUCCUUUGCCGCGAAUUCCGUACCUGCCAUUUCCUCGCAACCGCCAAUUUGCAUUUGUUGUUAACCAAGGCACGUACACGCCGACGAUAAAAUCUCUAGAACGAAAAUAACUAGACGAAAGAGAAGUGGGAAGUGCAAAGCGUGAAAAGCAUGAAAACCAAUGUAAAUACAUGCCUAUAGUUAUAUGUAUUAAUGUUUGUGCGGUCGUGUGGUGUUGAUGGCCAAAAGCUUGUGCAGGUGAUAAGCAACAACUAAAGAAAAUUCGAAAAUAAAGAAGCAGAGGAAUCUGAAGAAUAGGCUCGUGCUUAAAAAGUGAAAAGUGCUAUUAAAUACGCAAAUACGUGAAAUUUCAAUGAACGCCUGAGAGAAUUUGUGUUAUGCGCUGGCUGUCAAUAGAAGCGCCACCAGCUCCAACAACAAAGCUUCUGCAGAGCAUCUUCUGCUGAACGGUAUUUGUUUGGCAUCUUGACAGCGAGCGCUGUGGUCACAACGUCAUGCAUAUCUGCAGGCCUAGAUAAUCGAAGACGCCGUAAAAAGUGAAGGUGAUUUUUACUGUGAGCCAAUGAGUGUUGUAAAAUAUUAAUAAGAAAGCCCAUAAAAAGUUCGCAUCCCAGAUGCCGUAACAUCAAUUAUUAUUUGUUUUGUGGUCCAACCCUCAAACGAUUGCUCAACAGCUGUCGGGGAACCUGCAGAUAAAUACAUUAUUCACCUUUUCGUGGAAGUGGACUAAGUGAAGCGAUAAUAUUGACCACAAAGGCCAUUCAGGCAACAGAAAAAGGGAAAAAGGCAAAACUACAAUAGCCAUAACGCGACAAUUCAAUCAAAUAAGUGCGGAGAAUCGGAAAGUGCAAAAAGCGCAAUAAAGGGAAAUGUGAAAAACGAUAAGUGGCCAGGUGGGAGAGGGGAUAGAUGAGAAUCGGUUACACAAAUGGCUGUAAGUUUAUAAAUGACAAGUCAUUUCUCAGCUUAUUGUGCUGUGACAGCUACACUGGCAGCUGGUGCUAACCAACCACCAGAAAAAUAAACAUUACUGUACAAAUACACAGCGAAGGGAUAUUGAGCGGUAAUUGAAUAAAGCGAAAGUGAAACCAUAAAAAUAAUGAUUUAAUUGAAAAUUGACAUUUCUACUGCAACCACGGAACUAGCAAAGCUAUUUAUUAGAAACGUGCAUUAGAUUACACACAUAAGCGCAGUCAGCAGAGCAAAGAGUGCGCGAACCGACAUGACGUAUGAGUAAUAUAGUCCAACUACAUGCCACCUCUGGUGCUCACAACGCAAAGCCACAGCUUACCGUUACCCAAUAAUGUAAAUGCGUUUUUAUUAAAUUUAAUUCGCUUGUCGAACCGAAAACUGCGCGGCUUAAAGGCUUUCGCAACAUCAACAAUAACUGCAAUAACUGGAAUUGCCACGCAACAACGGUUAAUCAGCGGCGCUGCAGUGCAGUGCCCCGGCAGUUAAUUUACGCAUAGCUGAUGCGGCGACCGAAUUCGGGCAUGCAAAAAGCCAAACUGCGCCAAAACCGGAGCAAAACAAGAGCAGCUAACAAAGCAACAACAACGAAUUUGUGGGCGCGCCGUGUGAACUGCGGGUAUUUGCGCGUUGGUGGCGCCGCAAAGCACCAAUCAACAACAAUAACAACAACAAAGUGUUGCUGAGUCGAACCUUCCGCAUUCGUCCGUACGGCCGGCCGAGUGCCACCGAAAAGGAGCAGCCGCAGGCAUUCAUGCGGUCGACUGGAGCUGCGCUGCCAAGCGGCAUUAGCGCCCAUUAUUAUUGAAAUAAAAGGCUAUCAACGCUUCGGUGUUAAGUAAUUAAGCACCAUAAUUCCCUCGUUGUGAAUUGCCAAUGCGCACGUUAUGUGGCAACGCGGUGCUGUUUGCGCGAGCAAACAUUGAAAAAUUAAAUUCCAAACAAAUAUUGCAAAUAUUUGCGAGCGCAAAAAGGUUCGAAUUGCGGCCGCGCUCACCACACGCUUCAAGUAAAAAAUAGCGUUUUUUAUGAAAUUCGCUAAAAAUAACUGUGAAUUUUUUCAUUGCAUGUGUGAAAGUGUGUUUUACAUAUCCAUUGAGUCCGACACACACACGCACACACACGAUUUCAUAAUAGGGAAAAAUAAUACAGCGCCAUUUUUAACACAAGCGCUUAAUUAAAAUUCUGCAACAGCGCGGAAACUGGAGCAAUACAAACACUAGCGAACACACUCCAAAGCGAGAGCGAAAUAGAAGGCGGAAAAGCGCCGACGUUGUAACCGGAAAAGCGGCGAGUGUGCAGCAAAUUGGGCAACUAUGAUCAAUAACCGCGGCAAUUGAAAAGCCGCCCGAUUGUGCUCCGAACUAUGUGUGUUCGAGUUUGAAUGAAUGGCAUACAAAUAAAGCGAACAGAUACACAAAUAGAAGGUUGAAUAUGCAAAAUCUGCUUGAUUGACGCGCGCUCUCCGCGAGGAAUCCCGCCAAAAGCGCAGCGGAAAUCCAUUUAAAUGUGAAUCGGUUGCGAGGACACCAAUCAAAAAUAGUUGAGAGUUCUGAAAUCAAAACACUAAAACAAAAAUUCAUACUCGCAAAAUAAAAUUCGCCGAGAAAAUCCCUAAUUAGUGUUUAAAAAUAGAGUCUAGUCUAGAGUUACAGAGUUAGAGAAAUAGUCUAGAGUUACAUAUAUAAAAUUGGGUUCGAAUAACAAACAGUAAAAAUAUUUAUUGUUUUCGGAUUAAAAUAAGAUAAAUCAAAUCAGUGUUUAAACCUAAAGAAAUCCAAAGCACAAACUUAGCAAAACGCGCUGAGCAAUUUGCAGAGCAAUUGUUAUAUUUAAAGCUGAAUUCGGGAAAUGCUAAAACAAUUCAGAUACACAACUUGAAAUAAUAUAAAAACAUAAAACCGAAAAUAUCUUAAACUUUCGUCAUUGAAAACCAAAGGCAUCAAGAGCAGCGGUUCACGCAGUGACCAACAACAAAGGAGAAGUGAGCAGCCAUAUUUUUCAGUGAAACUACAGACGCACGAAAGCGCAGAUUAGAAAAAAACAUGGGUUGUUGUUGGUCGUUGUUUUAGACUAGCACACUUUCGGUGCUGCGCUGAAUUAGUGAGCAUUUCCGGGUCGCGUGUGAAAAUUGGCGGUGAAGUGAGCGCGUCAGCAAACAGUUCCACAUAGCGACCAUUACAAGCUCCCUCCACGCCUCGCUCUCAGGCGGACAACGCGUGUAAAUACGCAUACGCAAAAGCGUCAGACGAAUGCAUGACCGGAUCCAGGAAGCUGUCGCGGCGGUAACUAAAUAAAGCUGGUAAAAACACGGAAACAACGGAACGAGACAAAAAGUGUCAAAAGCGAAACGAAAUGAAAUUUAACUGCAGAAUAAAAGCAAUAAAAGUGAAGUGCGGACAACGGUAAUUUACGACGAAAAGGCCCGCUCGCCGAGCGGAAAUCGGCUAAUUCUUGUAACCACUAACAGUAAAACCAUUCGAGCGCCUAAAAAGCGGGUUGAAAAGCAUAAAUUUCGGCACUUGACGCGUUCACUUUGCAUACAUAUGUAAAUCGAGGCAAAUAAACAGUUCUGCACUGGCCUUCAAGUGUUUGUCUGUUAGUGUUUUAUGCGCGGUGCUCGUCAUCCCGGAUUGCUUUUUACAAUUCGCUCAUCCAGGGUGGCACUUGUCGCUCUCGAAUUUUAAUGCGUGAAUUAGAUUAGAUUAUACAUUUGGCCACUUGUGCCCAGAGAGCAGCCUCUUUAAACGUGUGUGGGUGCAUUUAUUUGAGUGAAGUGCUAGUGCGUUUAAAAAAAAUAAAAUAUUUCAUAACAGUGGAAGCAACUACAAAUUGUUCGAGGAAAUCGAGACUGCAGUGUUUCAACUGAAGAUAACGGAAACGUGUUUUUGGGCUCAUCUUAACGAAUCCUCCUGUGUCGCUUUUACUGCGUGCUGAGCCAUUUAGCUCACAGACGGCCCUUCAAAAUGAUCGCCUUCUUGACGUUGUUCUUCUACUUGACAAGUCUGACAAUGUGCUAUCAACGGUUGUCAGUCAACAACAACAAUCACAACAAUUUGGACGCAAAACCGACACACAUGCCGCCGUUGCACUACCCGCAUGGCCACAGAUGGAACGAACCAUUCUUUGACCUGACGAUGCCGAAGAACAUAACAUCGCUCGUGGGCAAAUCAGCAUAUUUGGGUUGUCGUGUCAAACAUUUGGGGAAUAAAACUGUUGCCUGGAUACGCCACCGCGACCUGCACAUCCUCACUGUGGGCACGUACACCUACACAACCGAUCAACGGUUUCAAACCUCCUACCACCGCGAUAUUGACGAAUGGACUCUGCAAAUAAAAUGGGCGCAACAGCGGGACGCCGGCGUUUACGAGUGCCAAAUAUCGACCCAGCCAGUGCGCAGUUUCUCCGUCAACUUAAACAUUGUGGACACCAUCGACGACGAGACGAGCAGCCUGCUACAGCAGUACUACAGCGAUGAUGCAUUUUACAUAAGUUCGGAUCGCAUUUACCAGGCCAGCGAUGAUGAGUUCGCGGGCAUGUUCGGGCACAUACAAACAGUGGCCGUGCCCACCGCAAGCAUACUGGGUGGACCCGAUCUGUAUGUGGAUAAAGGCAGCACCAUCAAUCUGACGUGCGUAAUAAAGUUCAGUCCCGAGCCACCGACGCACAUCUUCUGGUAUCAUCAAGAUAAGGUUUUAUCGGAGGAGACAUCUGGAGGUCGCAUAAAAUUCAAAACCAUCAAAUCUGAAGAAACCAAAUCAAUUCUACUAAUCAAUGAUGCUGAUCUGCUGGACUCAGGCAAAUAUUCGUGCUACCCAUCGAACACUGAGAUAGCAAGCUUGCGCGUCCACGUGUUACAGGGUGAGCGACCAGAGGCGAUGCAAACCAAUUCUGCGCCCACAGCUCGGCACAGCGCCGCAGCCCAGCCGACCAAGCUGAUCAGCGCUAUGGUCGGCGCGUUCAUUCUGUUGCAAAUAUCAACAUUUCUCUGCAAAAAUACUGGCCAUAUAACCGAGCACAACAACAACGAUCAAAGCAAAAAUCACCGGCAUGCAAGAGUGCUGAGCCCAAGCCAUGGCCUCAGCCACAGAAGCGCUUCCACACAGCGUCAGCCCCUCCAGCAGCAGCAACAGAGGCCACAGUCACGACAUCGACAACAGCAACAACAACAUCGACAAAUUGGCAGUAGUAUUGUCGCUCUGCUUGCGAUGGCGCUGUUGCGUUGCAGCAACGUGACAUUAGUCGACAGCAGAGUUGCGCCCUCCACCGAACAACUGACGCAGCGUGGCAUCGCCGGUGUUGGCUACCGCCAACGUCCAGAGCAAACGCAACGUCAAAGCCUAGCGGAGGCAGUGAACUUUGGCGCCGUUGUGCGAGCGUACUCAUCUGCACGGUGAUAAACUAAUCGACAAGGAGGCAGGGAGGCAAGGAGGCUAGAAGGCAAGGGCGCCCCAACCACCACACACACCAGAGCGCGGAGGCAGGGCAUAGACGGCUGGAGGUGGGCAACUAGCGGCCUACUUGCGUCGCCGCCGUGAAUUUGUAUGGUCGGGUGCUUGCAUUGGUGGCUGGGCGAAGUGCGGCCACAAGUACUCUAAACAGUUCAAGUAGUGAAAUUCAUGAAACUUUCGUCGGCUAAUUACAAAGUAUGUACGCACUCGUCUGUAUGCGCAUGUGCGUAUAUUUUAUCUAGUAUGUAGUGCAAUAAGCUAUGCUCAAAG